AUGAGUACAAUUUUGGACACCUCCAUAUUUUGGGGGAAAUUUCUAUAUUAUAUUUUAGAAUCUUUAGUUUACAGGAUAAUUCCCAAGAAGAAGAAGAAUGUUGCUGGAAAGAUUGUCCUUAUAACAGGAGCUGGAAGUGGACUUGGGAGGUUAUUGGCCAUAACAUUUGCCAGCCUUGGAGCCAUUUUAGUUCUAUGGGACGUUAACGAAGAAGGCAACAUGGAAACGUGUCGAAUGAUCAAAGAAAAGGAUGAUGUGAAAGUAUUUGCCUACACACGUAACUGUGGCAACAGGCAAGACGUCUACAGAGUUGCUGAUCAGCUCCUGGAUCCACUUCUGCUGCCUAUACUGGAGCAGGAAUAUGUUGCCCCAAAAGUUUUAAAUGCUAUUUUAGAGGAACAGGUUUACUGGAUAAUGCCCACACUUUUGCAUGUUGUGUUGCUCCUUAAAGAAAUAAUAUCUCCAGACAUGAUGAUCACCCUUGCCGAAACAUUGGAAUGGACACCUCCGUGGCUUUGUUGACAGGUCAAGAGAAAACAGGUGAAGUUCAGACUGAAAACGAGAGGAAACACCUAUAGCUGAAGCCUCACAUGCGGUAAUAAAACCAAGUGUUGUGAGGAUAGACCAUUUGGAGCUCUUCCUCACGCUUAGAGCUGUCCAGUCUACCAAGGAUUACUGAGGCUUUCACAAGGGCUAGCCUA